UUAUGUACAAAUAAAUAAGCAAUUUAAAAUUUCAUUCGGAGAUGCGCAUUCAAAACAAUAAGCAUGCGCAUUAGAAUUACUGUGCACAUGCAGUUGUAGUGCACGUCAAAUUAGAAAGGUUACAGCAGACAGCAUAAAUAAAACUAUAUCUACAAGGAAUAAAAUUACGAUCAAAAACAGUCAAUUGUAAAUCAUUCAAAGUGGCAUUGCUUCUUUUUCUAUUAAACUAAAAUUUCAUUACGAAAUAUGCAAGAUAUGUAUUUUUAAAAUAUAUUUUUAUACUUGAAUUUAAUGCAUGGUCAACUGCCGAUGUUUAAUAAGAUAAACUUUUACAUUUUUAAAUAUUAUAAGUGGUCAAAUAUUAAUUUUUUCUUAUUAUUAUACCUGUUACUUCUUCUACCAAUAUAUUUGGUAAGCAUAUUUAAUCAAUUGACGGACUAAAAAAAUAAAUUAUUAGAGAGUUUUAGAUUUACAUAAAUUUAUUAAACCUACAAGAGUAUGUGGAAUGUAUUGAGUUACCAAUCACAAUGUUCAAAUUGGAAUCAUAUAUAACACCAGUGAUUCUCAGUUAUGUUGAAAAGUAUGUGAAAAAUUUUAAACCAGAACAAUCUCAGGUUUCAUUAUGGGGUGGUGAUGCAUCAUUUCAAAACCUUGAUCUACGACUAGAAGUUUUGGAAGAACAACUAAAUCUUCCCUUUGUUUUUGUUAGUGGUCAUAUACAUGAAUUACUUAUUCAUGUUCCUUGGGUAAAAAUUACUUCAGAACCAAUUGUGAUUACCAUUAAUACAAUAGAAUGCAUUUUAAAAUUAAAAGAUGAUAAUAAAGUGGAGACCAAUCCUACCACCUUACAGAGGAGGCAAGAGAUACCGCAGGAAGAAGCUCCCCCUGGAUACAUAAAAAGCAUAGUAACAAAAGUUGUAAAUAACAUAACAAUUAAUUGUAAUAAUUUAAUUCUAAAAUAUGUGGAAGAAGAUAUUGUUCUUAGUGUCAAUGUCAGAUUUUUAAGCAUGCAAACUGUUGAUAACAAAUGGGAACCAGCAUUUACGGAUGUUAACACAUAUGAAGUUAUGCUUAGGAAAGUUAUUACUAUUCAAGAUUUAACAUUAUGUUUAGAUAAAAUGGAUGCAUCUGGGAAAAUAGAAAUAUAUCAGGAUCCUGUUCUAUAUCGAUGUUCGGUUAUAAUACGUUUAAUCAUAAACUACCAUAGUAAUACUGCAAGAAAAGCUUCAAUUACACGAUUAGAUCUUCAUUGCCAAAAAAUGGAAUUCAGUAUAACAGAACAACAAGUACCAAUGUUACUUAGAUUAGCUGCCUUGAUAAUGGCUUUGCAAACAAAGCAAUUUCCAUCUAGUAAAGAAAAAUCGUUAAUUUCUGUAGAAGAAAGGGAGGACAGUAUACAAGAUGAUACAGAUCAUGUGAGUGGAACUGCUGCAGACAGUACAGGAUGGGGUGGAUGGGCUUGGAACAUGGUGUCAUCUUUGUUACCUAUUGAUUGGGAAAAUGACUGGUCCACAGAGCAGCAAAUGGCUUAUUCUGGACAUACCAUUCAUUUAGGCGUAUAUGUACAAGAUGCGACUUUAACUUUUAAGACAGUUGAAAAUGUUAAAGAACAAUUGUUUUAUAAAUCCCGUAAACUUCGAUAUAAAUCGUUUUUAACAUUACGAUUAAAUGGUGUGGUAGUGGAUACAUUGCUCCAAGGAAUUGCAAUGACUAGUUUUCAAAUUGGAAUGGGUUGCAUACGCGUAUAUCCAAGAGGAAGUUGUAGUUGUGGUCAUCUUGAAGUAGUCGAUGGGGCACAACCACCUUUGUAUUUAGUAGCUGGCAAGUUUAAUACUCGGUACUUAAAAGAUUCAUUAUUUGAUGAUGAAUCAGUGGAGAAUAAAGGAAGAAAACGGGAAUAUAAACAAGGAAUAUAUUAUUAUCUAUGUACAGCUUCAGAGGAGCGGUUAAUAGAACGAUGUCCCGCAUUCUCCAUGGAUUACGUUCAUUGUACCGAAUUGCCAGAUGACAUAACACCUGAAAAACUGGCAGAGUUUGGGUCUAAUUUUGAAUAUAGUAAUUUCCACGAACGUAGAGUAAUGAGAUAUAUUAUAGGCGACUUAACUAUUAGAUUAUGUUCGGGUGUUUUUCAUCGUAUUGAAACAAUAAAACAAGCUGCUGCAAAUUAUGAUUACAAUCCUUAUCUCGUUACAAAACCAGAUCCACUUGUAGAUGAACUCCCCCCAGUUACAUUGGAAGAAUAUGAAGCAUUAAGAGAAAAUGUAUCUAUGGUUGAGACAAAAUUAAUAAUAGUUAAAGCCUCACUUCAAUUGCAAUUGGCGGAUCAUUCUAUUACUGGACUUCCACGACAACGAAAGAUAGUUGAAAGUCGAACGACGCCUUUAACACCUGCUCUUACAGACGAUCCUUUCAUGAGUAUUGAAUGUGAUGAAGCGAUAGUAACUAUACUUCAACCUUUAUAUCCAUUUAGGCUUGCAGCUUGUGCAUCCAAACAGACUGAUCUUCCGACUGAAAUGUUUAAUCAGUGUCAUAAGAUUAUUACAUUGCAGAUAAAUGGAACCAGAAGUCAACUUUAUUUGACGAAAAAUUGCCAUACAUCAAUAAUAAUGCCCUACUCCAUCGAAUGCGAAAUCAAGAAAUUAUUGUAUCCACAGUAUUGGAAAAAAGUUGAUUUAAUACAUGAAAUAUACGCGGUACAUAUUGACAGCAUUACAAUUACUGGAACAAAGGCAAAGCUAAUGGCUGCUGUAUCUAUCUUAACUUCAAUUUUUGACGCUGGUGAUACAACUAAUCCUCUUGUCUGUUCCUCUUUAUUCAAUGAUGCUUGUCAAGAAACGAACCCUGUAUAUCUAGAAUUGUUACUGGAAAACGUAAAUUGCAAAAAGUUGUCAUCUUUGGUUACAAUAUCAAAUGAAUUAAAUAUAAGUUCAGUAAAAAUGUUUGCACUCAAUGAGUCACAGCAAGCCUUUAUAUUUUCAGGACCAGAAAGUAAUAUUUACAGUGAUGUAGAAAACAAAUCAUUACUAACGGUUGUAAUACAGUUUCCGCAAAGUAUUGAAAGACAAACGCAUCCACCUUUGAUUUCGCUUCAAAUGGCAGAUAUCAGGGCUUCACUUGAUCCAUUACUUUUUAAAUGGCUAGAAUAUCGUGUUACGUAUUAUAAUUUAGGUACCUUAUGUACCACUCGACCCGAAGUCCAGCAGUUUGAAGGUGCAUCUUCAGAUACUGGUACAAAGAAAAAAACAUUUCCCAGUUUACACGAAAGUGUACAUAGCUCCUCAGACAAAGAAAAACGAAAAUCCGCCAUAGCCACGGAAAAGUCAAAAACUGUACAAAAUGAUGAAAUCCAAAAAAAACAUGAUUCUAAAUCCGAAAAUGAAAGACAGAAUUUGGGAAUAUUGGCCAGAUUAGCAGAAAUGUAUCCAUGGUGGUGUGGUCUUGUGUUAAGUGGAUGUGUUGGACAUAUUGUUAUUUACAUACCAUCAAUCACAAUGAGUGGUAUUGGUGCAUAUGGUAUAGAAGAAGCCAAAGACAAAGCAUUAAAAAGCGAUAAUAAGUUACAGAUAUUGAUCAUAAAAUUGCCUUCUCUUCUCGUUCAUUCAUCUAAUAUAAAUUUUGAAUUACUCGCACCUUACCUUCAGGAAUUACCUGUUAAAUUACCGAAAUCAAUGUGGACGAAUAAAUUGCAAAGUUUCCCAUGGACAUUAAGCCUUGUUGAUUUCCAUUGUUACAUGUUACAACAACAGACACAAAAAAACUUUAUUAAAAAAGUAUCAGUAAAUGCUACAGUUGCUCUUACAACAAAAAUCGUAACAUCUCCAUCUGGAGGAAAUACUUUAGCUGCUUUGGGUGUCUGUGUUCACAUUGAUAAUUCUCCUAUUAUUGUUUCGAUCUCUGAAGAACAGGUAGUUUUCACGAGUAAAAUCAUUUCGAGUAUUUUAAACGCUUUGCAAAUUACAACUAGUAAUAAUAAAAGUGUUAUAGCUAGUACUCAAAUAAAUACCGAAGCACAAGUAGUUCUUCCUAUUGUACCACAAACUCCAUCUACACCAACACAAUUACUAUAUCCCGAAGAUACAACUACAAACUCGACUCUUUCAACUUCAAAAGAUGAGAGUACACCAGACUCCGACGAAUUAGUUUUGACAGCAUGGAUUCAAUGGACUAUAACAAAAAUUGCGAUUAAAUUAUACGUCACGGAGAAAGAGACUUUAUCUUCACUAAAAUUAGUACUUGAAUUGGAAGAUAUUAUUACUUCUUUAGACUUGCAACCUAUUUAUUUUAAGCUAAAAAAUAAAGUUACAACAGCCACUAUAUUUCAUUAUACAAGACCACUGAAUUCACCAACUUGGGAUAUCGGUGAGUAUGUAGGUGCGGUUCUUUGUGGAAGAGAAGACAGUUUAGAAAAAGGUGACGAUUCCGGCUUUUUAAGUUUUACCCUCACUAGAGCAAAAUCGGGGAAUGUUCACACACGAUGGGGUACCUAUAAACGGCAUAAGAGUCAGAAGUUUCAGAAAGACAUAAUAACAGAAACAACUUUAUCUGCUAAUAGUUAUAUUUCCGAAGUAGUUAUAAAAAUACAAAUGGUGGACAUAAUUUUACCGCUUACCGUAGUUAGUAAAUAUAUGCAAUUAAUAAAACCUUUUACGGGUCUCUACCAAUCUGUUGAAAAAGAUAUAAUGGAAACUUCUGAACAAAAUGUAACAACACGCUUAAACAGCAUUACUAGUCUUGAUAAUGAAAUGUUACCAUUAAUAUAUCUGGACUUUAAAGGACUUAGACUGAUGCUACCAGUUUCAAACAUAACAAAAUUCAAACCCGAACAUGAUUUAUUAAUGAUUCAAUUGGACGGAAUUCGUAUCACACCCCAUGCAGAAAAUCCGAUUUGCAGAACACCUUUAAGAUUAGAUAUAUAUCAACUCGCAGCUCAAGCAAAUAUUUUAAGUAUACCAGGUUCUGCUGUAGAAGAUCGACAAUAUCAGAUUAAUAUAAAAAGUGUAUGUGCCCAUACAACUACUUGGAAGAAUUAUCAAAUGACUAUAAAUAAGAAAAUGUCCCAAUCAUAUUUAUAUACCAUGAACGAAAAUCCUGCGUUGGAAUGGAAUAAACUUGGACAUGGAAGUAGUUUAGAGCGGCAGUUCUCUACACUUCCGCUGUUAUCGAAAUUCGAUUUGUGCUUAAUCAUUGCACCGCCGGUUCUAUUUAAACCAGAUAUUACAGUAUGUGGAAGUGCAAUUGAAGUAAAUUGUAUCACAGAUAUUGAAGUAACAAUAAAUUUAGAUCAGAUUCAGUUGAUUUCAAUCUUAAAUAAUGAAUUACAAAAUUUAUUAUUGAGAGAUUUCGAACGACAUAAAAGUGCAAAUACAUAUAUCAGUACAUCACAGAAACCUCUUUCGACUGUAGGGAGUAUUAAACAAAUUACUUGGAUAAAACAAUCUUCUGAUGACAUAGACGUUGAUGUCACCAAGGAUAGCGGUAUAGACUUUGAAACAUCUAGCAUAAAUUCCACAAUCGUUGGCAAACCAAUAUCUGCAGAUACUUCAAUACUUUUACCAUUUGAAUUUCUGGUGAACUGUGGAAAAAUAACAUUCGUGCUGUAUGAUAUUCAUCAAGCAGUCACAGAGUAUGAAGUAGACAUAAAUGAAGUUGAAGAGGAUGAGUGUGAAAGUCAGAAACAACCGCUUUUUUACAUAAUGGUCAAUCAGCCGAAUAUUUAUUUUUCACAACAGCAUCCAUCGCAAAAGGUGCAAGUAUCUUGUUUCGAUGUAACAAUGGCACUUGGGGACAAGGACAAACAAGAAUUAAUUUCAAUACCAACUGAAAAAGAUUUUAAAGUUUUUAUGAUUGAAACAAAAAAUGGAGAUUUACAUCCAGAUACAGGCAUUCCCCCAUCUUUUAUAACAAUAAAAUACGAAAAAACUAUAGGGAAGAAUCCACAAUUUUUUAUAGAUGUAGGUAGACCUACAAAAAUUUAUUUCUCUUUAUCGAGGCUAAAUCAGAUAUAUAUUAUAAAAAGUAAAAUAUUGUCAUGCUUUAUAAAAGAGUAUGAAACAAUACCAGAACAACAUGACGAUGUGAAAAUAUCUCCAACAAUGAAAUUGAAAAAAUUAAAUUGGCCUGAUAUGAAUAUAUGUACAAAACAAGUUGUAGUAUCCCUUAAAACCGAUUCUGGCGCCGAAAUAAUAACUAGUUUAGCUUCGUUAUCCGGAAAUAUUUCAUCUCUUCUUAGACCUGAUAGAAUAUAUUCUAACACAUCUGUAGACUCCUUUAUCAUAUCUGCAAUUCUUAAUGGAAACAUAAAAGUACUCUUGAAUCCAUGGUGCUGUAAUAUUACAGUGUGUUUGCUUUGGGAGACUUGGUUAAAUGUCGAUUCUAUUCCUCAAAUACAAAUACAAGCAGACAGUGAUAGUCUCCAUUUAGAUUUUGGACCAGAACAAAUAAAAAUUAUAAAAAAUGUUAUCGAUGAUCUCCAACUACUAUUAAAUGAAUUGACAAGGUCAUCUUCGACAUGUAGAGGUAAUGAGAAACAAAUUGUUCUAUCAACUGAACAACAUUAUAAGGAUGAUCUCAAAGCAGGUGCAUUCCAAUUUGUGAAUGGAAAUGCAGAUGAAUUACCAUUCCCAUAUCAAGUUAUUUUCUUCACUUAUCCCCAACAAUCAAUGGCUUGGAGGUAUCCUCAACCAAGAACAUUAACUAAAAUACAUAUAUCUCCAGUUCCAUUUGAAACAUUAGAUUCUGAUAGUGGGUACGUCGAUAAAGUACUGUGUGCUCUUGAAUAUUGGAGCGACUGUCACAUGUCCUAUCAGCGAUAUGCCGACUUCUAUCUAUCAGAAACAGAUUCCUAUCGUUUAGAGCUUCCUGAAAAAGCACCAGCAAGGGCAGUGGCUUGUAUAUGGCGCGUAGUUCUACUAUCAAACAAUAAUCGACCUUUUUCCAAAACCAUAAUCUCGGCCCGGAUUCUUGCAGCUUGUUUACGUAUCGAUUCAUAUUUCAAUUCUUCAAUUAUACCUAACAUACAAGCUGCACUUAAUAUUGGCACUAUUCAUGUAUCCAUGUACAAUCACGUUAGUACAAUUACGUAUAACAAUUUACAACCACCUUUGAAGAAUUAUACUUUAAAAGGUACAGUGCCCGAAACGCAAUGUUUUAUGACCUUUGAACAUAAAGGAGCUAUACUCGUACUUAAUAGAUGGAUUGACGGCUCAGUGCUCAUUGAUAUUAGCGGAAUAUUUGGAGUACAUAUACUAGAUUAUAGUCAUUUAACCAUGCAAGAAAUACUAGAUCCUCUAGAAGCAAGAUUGCAAUUAUCGCUAUCUGACAAAACGGAUGUAUCCUUCACAUGCAGUCCAUUUGCGUUAAAGUUGAGUCCAACGAUAGCUCAUACACUUGUGGUUUCGAUGCAUUUAUGGUAUGCAUCCUUAGAAGAAGAAAAUAAAACCACUAUUCUAUUCACACGCUAUGUAAUAGCUAACGAUAGCAAUGUGCCUAUCCUCUUUGGUCAAAGUGGUACAGGAGACAACAUAUUAUUGGAAAGUAGGCAAUGUAUCUUUUACUCAUGGAGAAAUAUUGGCAACAAAAUUUUACGAAUAGCAAUAGAAGAAAAUAUUUGGUUAUGGAGCAAAUCAUUUUCUGUUGGUGUAGAUGGAAUUCAAGCCGUCGAAUUCAAUAAUUCUGUUACAAAAGCGUCAGCAUUCGUAAGCGUUACGUCACUUUCAGCUACACAAAAGCUUAUAACAUUUUCUGGUCAACUUGUAAUUUCAAAUCAGUUAAUAGACAAUUUCGAAAUGAGAUUAGUCAAGUACGAAGCUGAUGUAGGAUCAAAGGUGACUGUAUUAAAAGAUAUUUAUUCCGUUUCUGGUAAAACUCGACCACCGUCAGUUAUACUCGAUGGUAACAAGAAAAUGGCAAUACGUCUACGAUUUACCAAUGUUCCAAAUUUAUCUUGGACAGGAGAUAUUCCCCUUCAACCAAAUGCCAAGUGGGGGCAACCAUGGCUUGUUAAAGUUCCAUUACAAGAACGUGGCCAAUUUUUAAGCAUUUGGGUGCGGAUAAUAACGCAAAUAAUUCAAGAUAAGACCAAGGUACUAGCUGUACUUAGCCCACUUUACAUGAUUCGUUCGCAUUUACCAGUGCCAGCUAGGGUACAAAUGGAUACGCCUUCGUUGAAAAUAUCUUUAUGCACAAUGGUAAAUGGUCGGGGUGAAAGACAGCAACUAUACUGUCCUGGAACGUUUGAACAUUUCCACCAACUAACAUUUCAACUAGAAACCGGAGUUUCUACAUCUAAUCCGUAUGUGCCAUUAUCGUACAGUUCUGUAGAUCAAAGGAAAUUCUUUAGAAGACCGGAAGUCGAAGAUAUCGAUAGCAUCUUGCAAGAUCUUGAGAAUCAGGAAGAUAAAACGGAAUGGCCCUUCCAAGGAGAUGAGUUUGAGGAAUGGAUAUCCGCUGAACAACCACAAACACAUGUACAAGUGAAAUACCAAGAUGCUGGAUUAGUUUCGAGUACUUUAUUAUUAGAAUUGCAGCCUUGGUGUUUUAUGUUAAAUUCCAUGGGCUGUCAUUUAUCUCUUGUAUCAGAGGACAUCGAACUUUGCCAGAUUCCUCACUAUGGAAUCGUAACACCACCAAAAUUGGAAGGCACAUUUCACUUGUGCGUCGGUAUCGGUGAUACGUUCUACACAUCCCAAGCAUUACAGCUAGAUCGACCUGAUUGGAGUCAAAGUUUCUAUAUGCCUCGAAUUGGUGGACUCAUCCCUGCCACAGGAAACAUUAAAUCAUGUGUUGACUGUGGUUCAAGUGUCUCACUCAUGAGCAUUAAUUCAAGUAUGCACGAAGAUAUGCGUCUUGUACGUAUAAUGAGUAGCCACGUUAUUAGUAAUUUAACAUCUCAAGAGUUAUGCAUAGCAACAUUGGCGGUACACGAAGAUGCAACCAGACUUGAAUUGCCCAAUGAUCUUACUCCUUAUAGCCUUAAUAUUUCACCAUCCGAAGAUCAAAAACAAGGUAUUCCGAUUACGCAAUGGUAUACAUUAUACAUGGAAGACAUUGUAGAACCUCUUGUACUAUAUAUAUCUUUGAGCGUAGGGCACAAAUGGUCUUGUCCAAUUCGAGUUGACCAGGGUAUGAGUCGUAAAUGCGUUGCUAUACCAAAUGGCUCUAGCACUAUGCCGAUAGUCAUUACAAUACAGGAAGAUAGGGGUACAAUGUACAUAAUGAUUCAUAUGGAUUAUCAUCCUCAAUUAUUGAUUGAGAACACCUGUGCUUUUAAAGUUCUAUUGGGUCAAGCUAAUGAAACAGCAGAAGGGAUAAUACCAGAUGCAUUGCAUUUUACAUGGAUUUGUGAAAUAGAAAGCAAUGCAACAAGUCAUUAUUCCAUUCCAUCUAUAAGUAACAGACUGCCUGAUGCACCAGUUACUAAUGUAUCGAAUAUACUUCUGUUUUCUGCUGUAACAAACAAUUAUAAUGACCAGGCUAUCAGAAAUAAAGAAUUGCGAUGGUCAAGAGGUAUAAAUUUAUCCGCCAUAUCAAGUGCACCAGUGGAUCAGUAUGUACGACUACCAUCUUAUGGAGAUGUAAAGUUAAUCAUGCAGAAUCGUUGUUACACUACCUAUAUUAAUAUUGUUCCAAUAUCUCAAGUGGAAGUGUCUGCAAGGGACAUCAGAAGUCGGCUUUUACGAAAAGAAAGCGAAAUGAAAGAUAUGGUGACGAUGCAUGAUAAAUUUACUUCUGAUCCAGAUGAUCAGCCAGUCAUAAAUGUACAAAGUUCUGAGAGCUCGACUUCGGUAACAACCUUUUUCUCGGCACAAGACGAAACUAUAGCUACAGAAACUAAAACUUCUUCACAGCUAAAUUUAAGACAGUUAAUAACUGAUAUAGAAAAUGUAAAAGCUAGCGUAAAUGAUGAUACAAAGGAUACUGAGGAGAAUAAUCCUAAAGAAGGGUCUGUGACCAUUUGUCUCCGAGGAGUUACCAUUAUCAUCAUGCAUGAUAUGAAUGAAAAUGCUCAAAAGAUUGAAGUGGCCAGCUUGUCUAUGACCGAUGUUAUAGUCGCUAUUAAUGCAAGAUCUAAAAUUGUAAAUUUACGUGCUUUCAUAGGAGAUCUACAAUUAGAUAAUCAGCUAUUUGAUCAAGGGGGUUUCGAUUUUCCAGUAGUACUAAUCAGUCAAAGUCCGCUUAUGAUGAAAGAAACAACAUUUUAUACAAGCAGUUGUUUAAUGAAUAAGAUAGAACAGAUAAGAGAAAAUUCGUUGAUUGCGAUUGAUUAUAUAUUAGAAAAUCAAGGGCAAUUAAAAGCAUCAAAAGAUCUUCAUAUAAAAAUUGCACCAAUCAGUGCUUACAUUGAAGAUACAUACAUAACACAAUUAUUAAAUUAUGCAACUUCGAUGGCACCACCUCGAUUUUUGCUACCAGAUGACAUGAAAAAGACAAGAACACUAGUUUCAACUAUUGGAGUAUACAUUCCUGAUUACAUAAUGGUUUAUGCUAGAAUAUUAAGCGCCCCAUUAAGAUUACAAAAUUUAAAGAUAGAUCCGGUAUCUAUCUUAUUAAGUGUUCAUACCUCUGUACGUUUAUACGUGGCUUUAGACCAUUCUCCUUUAUAUUUUGGUACUUUUGAAAAGAAAAAUAUUUUAACUACACCUUAUAGACUUGGCAAUGCUCUCACAAUGCAUUACUUAUCUGGUGCUAUAUUCGGAGCAGGUUGGGUAGUAGGAUCAUUAGAAAUAUUAGGUUCUCCUGGCAGCUUAGCACAAGCUCUUGGUUCAGGACUUAGAGAUUUUAUUUCUCUUCCAUUCCAAGGUCUGUUGCAAGGACCAUGGGGUUUUAUCGUUGGAAUAACGCAUGGUUCUGCCAGUUUGAUGAGACAUGUUACAGCAGGUACGUUAAACUCUGUAACGAAACUAGCAUCUAGCGUAGCACGAAAUUUGGAUCGUUUAACACUCGAUGAGGAACAUCUUCAGCGGCAAGAAGAAUCUAGAAGAAUGCGACCUCAAGGAAUGGCACAAGGACUAUACCAAGGCUUGACAGGACUUGGAAUGAGUCUUCUUGCCGCAGUUGCGGGUUUGGCACAUCAUCCUUUGCAACAAGUUUGGUCAGGAGAAAUAACAACCAAAAGUAUCGUGACUGGCGUUGGACUUGGACUAGUUGGAGUAGUUACGAAACCUUUAAGUGGGGCUGCAGAACUAGUUGCAUUGACAGGACAAGGAUUACUUCAAGGAGCUGGCUGGAAUUCUUUGCCUUCGCCUCGACAACGACCAGUAGUCCAAUACACGUCCGGAAAUAAUAAUGCAAUUAUUAGAUAUGCCUGGUGGUUGUUACCCUUACUUGAAAAUAAUCACGGGAAUAUCCUGCAUGUUACUAAUGCAGAUUACGUAAUUCAACAAGGCAGUAGUCGUGCUAUAACGUUAGUUCUAACACGGCAUGCGUUAUUAUUAGUUAAUACAACUGAAGAUAACGUAGAACGGAUAUAUUUAUUGAAAGAUCUAACGAGUGCUGAUCAUCAUUUGGAAUCAACAAUAUGUUUGUAUUGCUCUCCUGAGACAACGCAAACUAAUAGAUCUAUAUCUCCAGCGCCAUACGAGAUGGAUCGAGAAAUGCGAGCACGAGUGGCGGAAUAUGUACGAACCAGUAGUACUGGUUUAGCUAGCGUUUCUACAAAUAGCGAUGUACAGUCCGAUAUUUUUGAGAAUACCACUCCCAAUUCUGAUCGUACACUUACAUUUUACGUUUCUCCGGACUCACGUAACUAUCUAUUAUCAUUGUUUAACAUUGCUAAACGACAGAGUCAAGGUAGCGGAUUUACAGUGUUAUAAUGAAUAAAUAGAGUAUUUUAGAGUAUUUUCUUUACUCAGAAGUAGAAACAGUGAUUGACGCUUAUAAAACAUGAAAAGUGAUAAAAUAGUAUUACGCCUUCGAUUUAGAAAUUUUUUGAAAAAUGUAUGUCCGAAACAAAUCCGAAUUAUGCGAUAUCUAUAUGUACAUAUCUCUGGUAACAUUUUUAAUCUUAUUCUAGAUAAUGGACUUAAAUUCAUGAAUUUUAUUUCAUAAAAAUAUCCUAUAAUGUGUUGCACAGAAAAAGAAUAUGCACAAGAAAUAUUCUUACAUAAGAAAUGCUUUUUCAAUUUUUAUAUGAAAAUUUGUAUCAUGAAAAAUUCUCCACAGACUUUGUUUAUUAAAUAACGUAUAUAAUGUACAUACCGUACGUAAAAAAAUCAUGAAAGUAUGUGUGCAAAUUUAAGUAUGGUGAAUACAUUUUCAUUAAUAUACAGAUUAA